ACUGCAUCGUGGCUUCCUGCCCCAGACUCUCGCUAUUCGUCGCCGAACUGCCGGUCUCGCCCAAACUCGUGGGGGAACAUGGCGACCCGAACGCCACUCUCGACGCAACAUACAUUACGGCGCGAGUGUGAGCUCACCUCAAGUACUGAAGGGCUCCGCUGGUCUAACUUAUACCUGCAGCAACAUCGAGAGAGAACAGCGCCGAGCCUCUCUUGUCGCCCACAUUUGACGGCAUGGCAACUGCAUCAGCGGCUACGGCUGCCAGCUUGCCGAAGAAGGCUUCCGUCCGCCUUUUAACUGUCAGUCUCUUUUUCGGACUGGCUUCUCUGGCAUGGGGAUAUAACAUCGGAAUCAUGGCUAGUAUAUACGUUCAUCCUGGUUUCAUCAAAUCCCUCCAUAAGCCAAACAAGACGAUUACCGGCCUCAUCACCUCGAUAUACUACCUUGGCACGUGGCUCAGCUAUCUUUUUGUUUCGCAUCCGCUCGCAGACCGAUUCGGAAGGAGAGUAGCUGCAGCGACCGGAGUUUUAACAACAGCGGUUGGAGCUGCUAUUCAGACGGCUGCAAAAGGAGAUCAUGGUGUUGCCAUGAUGAUAGCUGGCCGCAUAGUGUGCGGUGUGGGGCUUGCCAUUGUGUCUACAUCCGUUCCGCUAUACCAGAGGUACUGCUUCUAUGAUGUUAGAUUGCAAGGGCUGACAUUGAACAGUGAGAUAUCACCCGCGAAGCAUCGAGGACGAUACGUGGUCAUCAACCACGUUGGCCUCGUCGCUGGAUUGGCCAUCGCUUUCUGGGUCGGUUACGGCAUCAGCCACUGGGAAUCCUCACGUGGAACGUACUACGGUUGGCGUGUCUCAAUGAUGUUGCAGUUCAUCCCGGAGUCUGUAUUCCUCCUUGGAGUAUUUCUAUGCCCAGAAACUCCUAGAUGGCUCCUAGAGAGGGGACGUGGCGAUGCUGCCAAACGAAGUCUCGCCUGGUUGCGGGCCUUGAGCCCCACUGAUCAGCGUGUUAUUGUCGAGCUCGAAGAAAUGGAACAUGACGUACGGAGCCGCCGCAUUGCCACCAAUCAAGGAUGGACUGUACUCUUCAGCAAUCGACCUCUUUUCAAUCGCUUAUGGCGCGCAGCGCUCCUGCAGUUCAUGGCGCAGAUGUGUGGAAACACUUCUAUGAAGUACUAUCUGCCGUCCAUUUUCAUGAGCCUCGGCAUUGAGCGCAAGCUGACCCUCAUGAUCGGGGGUAUCGAGAGCACUUUGAAGGUUGGAUGUACGGUGAUCGACACUUGGCUCGUCGACAGGUUUGGUCGGAGACUGACACUGGUCGUUUCCUGUCUCGUUAUGAGCCUUGCCUUACUGGUGAACGGUGCACUGCCACUGGCAUAUCCUAACAACAUCAAUCACGCAGCUGAUUACGUCUGCAUUUUCUUCAUCUUCAUGUACACUUUUGGCUACUCCAUCGGAUUUGGACCAGCUGCUUGGGUGUACGGCUCUGAGAUCUUCCCGACCAACUUCAGAGCUCGCGGUCUGAAUAUUGCUGCGUCAGGCAGCUCCAUUGGCUCUAUCAUCUCAUCCCAGACCUGGCCCAUCGGCAUGGAAAAGAUCGGUUCCAGGACGCAUUUUAUCUUCAUGAGCACGAAUUUGGUGUCUGCAGUCCUCAUAUGGCUUCUGUACCCUGAGACUAGCCAGCGUAGUCUCGAAGACAUGGAGGUGCUCUUCAACAAAAACUAUCAAACGCAACGUGCCAUGGAUGAUGAGGAUAUUAUGUACCGCGAUGAUGCUGAAGAGCACGCAACAGGUCCGGUUCAUAAGGCUACGUCGACUUGAGUUUGUUCAAUCACAACUCAUAUGUUUGGAAAAAUGAUUCAUGCUUGGUGCGGUUGCUGGCGUCCACAGGAUGAGGGCGUAUCUAUCGUAAUACCAUGGCCACAGAUAUAUGCUCCUUUGAUGCCCUUCAUGUCUAUGUCCUGCCUACUUUGCGGAAUCAUGAAUACAAAGUAUCAAGUGAGUAUUUUCGGUGUGCUGCAGUCGAAGAUCUCAUUAGUCGCUACGCUGCUACGCUCAGUUCUGAGUUGUGAUGUUGUACUUCGUGCAACGGGGCGAAUAGGAAGCGUGAAGUGAUGUU